GUAAUAGAAAAGUUAUGAUCUCUCUAUUAGACAGCUUAACCAACAAAGCUAACCCCACUUUCACGUCAUAUUUAAUCUCUCUUUCUCUCCUCUUCUUUCUUCAACCAUCUGCUUCUCUUAAACAUCUGAGUAUUUUCUAUCAAUGAGCAUCUCAAUGAUGAAGUUCUUGAACCAAACCCUUUGUCUCUCUCUUGUCCUAUGCAUAUCCAUGACUACUAUGUCCUUUGCUCAGACAUGUUCCAAAUACAAAUUCUCCAGUAACAAUGUUUUUGCUUCCUGCAACGACCUUCCUUUUCUUGAUUCUUUCCUCCAUUACACUUAUGAUUCUUCCACCGGGACCCUCCAUAUCGCUUACCGCCACACCAAACUGACCUCUGGCAAAUGGGUUGCUUGGGCCGUGAACCCCACGUCUACGGGAAUGGUGGGAGCUCAAGCCAUCGUGGCUUAUCCACAAUCAGACGGCACUGUCAGGGUUUACACUUCUCCUAUCAGAAGCUACCAGACAAGUCUACAGGAGGGUGAUCUGAGCUUCAACGUCUCAGGGUUGUCUGCAACUUAUGAGAACAACGAGAUGGUUAUCUUGGCAAGUCUGAGUCUUGCACAGGAUCUAGGGAAUGGUGGAACCAUUAACACUGUGUGGCAAGAUGGUUCCAUGUCUGGGAACAGUCCUCUGCCUCAUCCAACUUCUGGCAACAAUGUCCGCUCUGUCUCCACUCUCAAUGUGGUCUCUGGUGUUUCUGCAGCUGCCGGAGGUGCUGGAGGAAGUUCCAAGCUCCGUAAACGCAACAUACAUGGAAUAUUGAACGGAGUGAGUUGGGGAAUCAUGAUGCCAGUAGGGGCAAUCAUUGCCCGCUACUUGAGAGUUGCCAAAUCAGCAAACCCUGCUUGGUUCUACAUUCACGUUUUCUGCCAGGCUUCUGCUUACAUCAUUGGUGUGGCCGGAUGGGCCACUGGUCUAAAACUCGGUGGCGACUCACCAGGGAUCCAAUAUAGCACCCACCGUUCUAUCGGGAUUGCUCUCUUCUCCCUAGCAACAGUCCAGGUUUUUGCGAUGUUUCUGAGGCCGAAACCAGAGCACAAGCACAGGCUCUACUGGAACAUUUACCACCACUCCAUAGGCUACACGUUGAUCAUUUUGGGGGUGGUGAACGUGUUUAAAGGGCUAGAGAUAUUGAGUCCUAAGAAGCAGUGGAAAAACGCUUACACUGGUAUCAUCGUUGCUCUCGCCAUUGUGGCCGCCCUGCUCGAAGCCUUCACUUGGUAUGUAGUCAUUAAGAGAAGGAAACUAGAGGAAUCUGCUAAAUCGUCCCCGCAUGGAGCAUCCAACGGCACUCGGUCUCAGUAUGCUUAAGACUAGCACUAGAGCGUGUUUAUGAUUUUCUUUUCUCUGUGCAUAGAGCGUGUUCUCUUUAUGGUUUUUCUGCUUAUCUAUCCAUUUUCAGUAGGUUAAUGUCCAGUUCCCGUAUGUUUAUGAUUUUAUUGAGAGAAGAGCGGCUUUUGCCUCUAUUUUCCCUUCUGAAAUAAUAAUGCAAUUUUAUUUUA